UGAGACCAGUCGACGUUUUACCGCCGUCGUCGACGUUACAAGCAGAAAGCACAACGACGAAUCGCAAAGUGCGCCCCGACCGACCGACUCGAUUAGCCCCAACGCCGAAAUUCACGUCUCCGCGAGUGUUCCGUUUCGUUCCGUUGCCCGUCGAUUCGAAUCCCGAGAGUCCCUCCCCACAGGCCACAAAUUUUCAGAUACAACUUGUCUGUUCCCAUUGAGAACUUUAGAUUUGGAUUUGGAUUUGGUUGUGUCUGGACUUGUGGAUACCACACCGAUGCAAAUCAGUUGCGCCCGAUUUGCAGUGCCAAACGAUGGCGUUGUUAUUUGUGCAACAGAAAUCACAGAAGCCACAACAACAACAACAACAGCCAGAGCCACACCAGUGGCAUCCACGAUUGAGAACAACAGCCAACGCCGAGGAGCAACGGUGCAAGGAUACCCCUCAUAUAGGGGAGGCGCCACAACAGCAACAGCAACAACAACAACGCAUUGAAAAUCAUCUGCAUCUGCAGCUGCAACAACGCUUGAAGUAAAAGCCAAAAAUAUACAUACAUAUAUUUGAAAUCAGCGAAAACUCUUACGAAAUAAAGCCCAAAAAUCCAACAAAAAUAUCAAAAAAAUACACGUUGCGCCUGCGCAUUGCCCCACAAAGAACAAAGAAAGUUUCUCUUUACCCCAAAACAACAACAACAACAACAACAAGAAAAAGUGAGAAAAAUAAUUUUUGGAAAAUAAUCCAAAAAUAAAUAAAAGUUAAGCUAACACUUUUGUGUGUGUGUUUGCGGUUUUUUUGUUCGAGUGUUUACUUUGCAAGUGACUAAAAAUACAAUAGAAACCGAAAAAGAAAUCUAAAAUGGAGCAAAUCACCAAUUACUUUGAGCACAUGGAUUACGUGUCCUUUGGGGUUAUAGCCCUGCCCUGCGUGGUGAUAGCCGUCUAUGGAUUCCUUCAGGUGGCCAGUGGACUGGCCAAAGGGAAAAAUGAGAAGAUGCAACAGCAGUGUAAUCCAAACAAUAACAAUAGCAACAACAACAAUUCCAAUAAUGGCCACACCACUGGCAACGCUGGUGGCAACAAUUACAACAACGGAUACAACAACAACGGCGGCAAACGCUGCCCUGGAAAGUAUUCCAAUAAUAAUUCCAACAACGGCAACAUGUCUGGAUACCAAAACAACAAUAAUAACAACAAAAAUGGUUCCCGCAAGAAUCGCUACAACAACAACAACCAGAAUCAGAAUCAUACCCAAAAACAGCGUCACUUCUAUGGCAAUUCGCAAAAGCGAAUCGAUGGAGCAGGCGACGAGUUGGGUACCACUGGGAAUGUGGAAUCGCAGCCCAAAUCCUGGCGCAAUUACGGCGGACACCAUCUGGUGAAUUCUUCAUGCAUCGAAGACAAAUUCCUGGGCCAGCACAAUCCGGCCCACCGCAACAGCACCAGCAGCGAGACAGCUAGCGAGGACAUCUGUUCCAGCCGCGAGCAGAUCCACAAGCCCAAGGGCGGCCACAGCAAUGCCCCAAACGGUGGCAGCAAUAGCAACAAGUCGCACUCGAAACGCCAACAGAAGCAGCAGCAGGACCAGCAGCAGACCCAGAAUGGCCACGGCAAGGCAGCAGCCGCUGCAGGUGCAGCAGGAUUCAACAAAGGCAAGCAGCAGUCCGGUGGAAAGUGGCGCCAGCAGCAGCAGCAGCCCCAGCAGCAGUCGCAACAGUUGCAGCAGCAGAAGCGUGGCAGCAACAACAACAAGAAGCAGCAGCAGGGCAACAGCAAGUGGUGCAACAACAGCAACGGCAACGGUGGUGGUGGCAGGAACACCUGCCACAGCAACAUGAACAAAGCGAACGGCAACAACAAUCGCAAUGUGGCCAAGAACCUGGCCAACUCCUGUGGCAGCAGCAGCUUCUCGUCCUCAUCGUCGGCCCUCAGUUCCUCUGCUGGCAGCUCGCCGAACAGCUCCCCGUACGCCAAUGGCAGCCGCAAGCAGCGUGGCAGUGGCGGCGAUCAGUGGCGCCACUGCAAGAAUAUCCUGCAGCAGGGCAAGGUGAACGUGAACUUCCUGGUGCCGCCGCUGCGCCAGCGCGAGCAAUUGAAAAUGGACGACGAGGAGGUGAUCAAGCGCCUGCGCCCCCAUUUGGUUGACCGCCACCUGCUGCGGGUGUACGGCUUCCCCGUGGACAGUGUGGUGCACGAGGGCGCCGUCGAGAUCUUCAAGUGCAUGCCGAACAUGAAUAUGGCCGCCGCUCGCGUGAUGUCCCUGACUCUGGAGCGGGAAAUGCUGUACCGCGAACAGGGGCCGCCACCCGUUAUCAACUACGAUGACGGCCUGCCGACGGAGGAGUCCCAACGAGCAGCUGCCGCCCUACAGAUGGGCAUAGGGACUGGAGCCAACCGAACCUUCACAUUUUCGACAGACUCCGGCAACUGUUCGCCGAGCUCCCUGGACUCCGAGUCCGGCGAGUGGAGCGGCAGCGAGUCCUCCGAGUCGUCGGCGGGAGCUAGCAGGCCGGAGAUGCAGUACUAUCAGUACGCCAACAGUGUCCACGCCCAUGUGGAGCGCAGCCUGGCGAAGCCAUGCGCCCGCUGCAAGCGCCACUUCCUGGUCGAUGAGAUGACCGGCGAGUAUCUGACGCGCGAGGAGUGCGUCUACCACGAGGGCAAGUACAAUCGCUUCUACGACGGUACCUACAUUGGUCGCUGGACCUGCUGCAAUGCCACCGACGAGGCAGCCGAGGGCUGCGUCCAGGGCGAGCUCCACGUGUGGACUGGCUCUGCGGUGGGCGUCAACGGACCCUACUACGACUACGUGCGCACCCAACCAGCCCCGGGGCGCUACAACUUGGGGCACACACCCUCCGUGUAUGCCCUCGACUGCGAGAUGAGCUACACGGGCCGUGGCCUCGAUGUGACCAAAGUAUCGCUGGUGGCCCUCAACGGGCAGCUGGUGUACGAGCACUUUGUGCGCCCCGACUCCGACAUCAUUGACUACAACACACGCUACUCCGGCAUCACGGAGCAGGAUCUCCGCUCGGACAGUGUCAAGACCCUCGCCGAGGUGCAGCGCGACCUGCUGCAGCUGAUCAACGACGACACCAUUCUGAUCGGCCAUGCCCUGGACAACGAUCUGCGCGCCUUGCGCAUCGUCCACCACACACUGAUCGACACCUCGAUCACGUUUCCCCACGGCAGCGGGUUUCCCUUCCGCCGGGCCCUGCGCCUCCUCACCAAGUUCCAUCUGCACCGCGAGAUCCAGUGCGGAGAGGGGACGACGGGACACAGCAGCUUCGAGGAUUCGCGCGCCUGCAUGGACCUCAUGCUAUGGCGUGUGCGUCGCGAGCUGGACCCCACAUGGCGCUGGCAGGGAUAGGUGCGAGGUUCGAGGAACGAGGAGCGAACAUGCGCACAAUGGGGUCGAGUGCACAUGCAUAUUGUUGGGCGGGUUGUUUUAGUUACGUAUAGUUAUUAUAAUAUUGGGAUGGGUUUCAGGGCUGGGGCUUAGGCCCUGCGGUGGCUCCACGGGGGACGGGGGCCACCGCUUAGAUGUAUUGUAUUCAAAUCUCAGAAGUGUUUUCGAAACACGGCAUCGAACGGCAGCUGCCGCAUUGCCGACGAAAUGUUUCACAAAUCAAAUUUAAACAAAUGAUCGACACAAAACGUUGUUGCAUUCAAUAAAGGCAAAACACUAUAUUUAUGCUAUAAAGAGAAGGAUAGAACUUUAAUCGACACAUAUGUAUAUACGCAUAUUGUUUUUUUCUAUUAUUUAAUUCUUUUUUUUUUCGAACCACAAGAAAAUGUACUGAAGUUUUAGCUGUGAUGUUUUUUUUCACUUUCUCACAUAUUUACACGACAAACAAAACAAAACAAAAACAAAAACAAAAAAAACAACAAAAAAAUCCACAAAAAAAAUGAAAAGAAAAUACAAAAAAGAUAUAUACGUAGAUUUCUAGAGAGGAAGGGUAAUCGAAAUGCCUUUCAUAUUUUUUUGACCAAAACUUUCGACAAAAAAUCACUCCAUUUAUCACGAUUUACUUUUAGUUUCGUUUUCUUUACCAUUAUUAUUUUUAUAAUUUUUUUGUUAUAUUUUAUUUUAUUUUUUAUUCGACCAAAAGUACGAAUGAAGGAAGCAUCUCAUAUGUCAAAAAAACGCGACGGAAGGAAAGUUGAAAACUUUCAAAAUUUAACUACUUUAUACACUAUGCAUAAAUGUAGGUUAGGUUCUGCCCCUGCCCGCCCGCCCCCCUCCACCCACUAAACGUAGCUCUUUAGUCUAUAUUUUUUGUCCCCCUUUGUUCUUUCUGUUUGUCAAGGAUUACAUAUAAAUAUUUAUUUAAAGAUAUCGCGCACACACACACACACACACACACACAAAUGUUCAUUGAAGAUUCUUCGAGUGAACUUCGAACUUCUCCAUUUUAGGCUUAAGAGUCCCAGCAAGUAAUUAAAUUUGGUUUUCUGACCAAAUCCAAAUCCAAAAAGAAAUACAAAUAUAUCUAUGACAUUGAGCGAUUGCUCCUCUUCGCCGAUGCCCCCCCUAGGGCGUGGGGUGUGGGGUGGAGCGGAGUGGAACUCGAGGAAUGGAGUUCUUUAUUCCUCAUUCGAUUCGACAAUUGAUGUUCCUACUUAGAGUAGUGGCAAGAGCACGCACACACACACGCCACACGCCACACGCCACACGCCACACGCACAGAAUGCCACAAUUUUUGUUUGAAAUGGAAAGGGCAGUGGAAACCGAAACGGAAAAGAUACAAAUGCGACUGCACUCUGCACGAAAAAGCAAAGGAAUAAAUUGAGCGAUUUAACGAUUGAACCACAAUAAAAGAAACAUUGAUUUGUUUACAACUAAAUACCACUUUAAAA